AUGUGGGCUGACGGCCUUUGCCGCCUGCGUGACUGCGUAAGGUCGCCGCUGUUCCAUACGGUUUUGAGACGUCUCAAAACGCCUCGGUUCCGUACGGUUUCAACAUCGUUUCCCCACCCCACUCCCCACCGCCACUCCCUAUCGCCACUCCCCACCGCCGCUCCCCACCGCUCCCCACCGUUUUCCACCAACAUUCGUUAUCUGCUUGUUUGGCAGGAGGCGGAAGGGAAGCGAGGAGGCAGUCGGGUGCACGAGACGUGGCUGGAUGGCAUUGAGGAGCUGCGCAGCUGCAUCAUGGAGAAGUGCCCUGAAGGGGGAAAGUCCAAGCUGCAACAGGACCUGGAUGAAGCAUACCAUCUGGUGGAGCAGCGCAUAGAGGAGCACAUGGAGGCCUUCAAGACCCGCGCCCUCGCUACUGCCUUCGCCCUGCCCCCCUCGCUACAAGCACACCUCGCCACGUUGGAUUGGGAACAGAGGGCAGCUGCGCCAGCUGGCAGCAAUGUUGGAGCAGGCGGGGGUGAUGACCUGGCAGCUGAAGCGUCGGCUCUAGAUGCUGAGCUGGCAGAGCUCAAUGCCACGCUGGAAAAGAAAAGAGCAGAGCUGCGAGCGAUGAGGCGGCAGCAGCGACAGCAGCUGGCGGCAGUGGGGAGUGAGGGGCAGCUGAAGCAGCUGCAGCAGAUAAUGCAAGCAGACCACAGCGAGCUGCUGGCCUCACACGAUCGACUGCAAGCGCAGCAGCACACAGCCAUGGACAUGACAGACGUGGGGGAUGAGACGUGGGGGUUGAGACGUGCAUUCUCACACCCAUGCAUUCUUUCCACCCUCUACCCCUCUCUCCCCUCCCCUCCCCCUCUCUUCCCGCCCUCAACACCUCCCUUACCGCCCUCAACACCUCCCUUCCCGCCCUCUACCCCUCUCUCGCUCUCGCUCUCUCGUUCUCCAGGUGACAGGGUGCCCGCGUCUGAAGAGGGAGGAGGCACGGAGGAGGGUGUGGCGGUGUAUGCAGCAGCGCAAGGCGCGCUGAGCGCUGUUCAAGAGCACAUGGGGAAGCAGGUGGAGAACGGGGGCUCGGCGUGA